CUAACACAGCUUGCUAUUAUGCCACAAUCACCACAGGUGAAAUUACUCACAGUGGCCCACAGAAACACCUCACAAUAUACCCUGCGGAAUCACCACAGGCGCGCCCUUCCCCCACACCCUUCAGAAGAUGGCCUCGGGCCCUCAGGCCUUCCCAGGCCUGGGUCCUCUGGCCUCCUCCUCGCUACUGACAGAGAGGAGUUAGUCCCAGAUCCUGGGGGAACAGAGGACAGUAGCGAGUGCACCAGAAGAUCCGAUCGGGCGUUGCCUGCAGCUCGCAGAUGCCUUUGUCCCUCCCCGCGGAAUUGGAAUUCAACCACCGCAGCGCGCUCUUGGAACCAUGUGCUGUCGCUGCCGCCGCUGCCGCUGCCGCCGCCGCCCGCGCCGCGACACGCCGCGCCUGAACAGACGAUGACAGGACGAGCGUCACGAGAUUCAGCGUUUAGGACGUCUCUGCGGCGGAUGCUGCGGCCGCCACAGCUACCUCAGCCACCGCUUUGUCUCCGCAAGCGCACGCAGCGCGAAUCACCUCGCUCACUCCCGACGGCCCUGCAGCCGAGGCCUCCACCGCACCUUUGGCCAAUCACAGAGCUCGAAGUCUUCCCGCCCCCGCCCUGAGACUCCACCUUCUGAUUGGCGGGCGACGUUGGCCCACGUGACCGGAACUUGCUUGGCCGGGCCGCCCCCAUCACGUGAGGGCGCGCGCCUCUCUUCCUGCUUUCCUUACCCUCUCCGCCAUUUAAAGGAACAGUACCGGGGGCGGGCCGAGCGACGCAGCCGGGACGGUAGCUGCAGCGCAGAGCGGAGGAGCCAUCUUGUCUUGUCGCCGGGGAGUCAGGCCCCUAACUCGAAGAAGCCCUGGCGCGCCCUCCCCCCCUCCCCGGUCUGGUAGGGCGAAGGAGCGGGCGUGCGGUCGAUCGAGCGAUCGGUUGGCGGCUCUUUCUCCUGCUCUGGCAUCCAGCUCUUGGGGCGCAGGCCCGGCCGCCGCGGCGCGCGCCCGGUGGCCGUUGGCGCUCGCGCCGCGUCUUUCUUCUCGUACGCAGAACUCGGGCGGCGGCCUAUGCUUUUGCGAUCCGACGAGGGGUCGUCCGGGUGGUUGGCGGCGGCGGGCAACUGCUCCGCCCCGCUCCCGGGGAGGCGGCGGGGGAGGCUGGGGUGGCCGGGGCCGGCCUGGAGGCCUGGCGCCACCCUUCAGGGCCUGCUAGGACCCAGUUGGAGGGUCAGGAGGGAGCUGGAGGAUGGUUGGUGGUGGGCUUUCUCCUUUGCCUUUUCCUACUUAUGCCACCUUAGUGGGGAGCGAGAGCUCUGGCGGCAGCUCCGGGGUGGGGAUUCGAGCUCCGGAGUCGGAAGAUCUGGGUUUGCUUCCGGGCCUAGCCACUCGCUGGCCGAGUGACCUUAGGCAAGUCACUCUGUAAUUUGUUUGCGCCUCAGUUUCCUCCUCUGCCUAUCAGUGUGUGUAUGGAAUUGGAAGCUCUCUUCAAAGUGUCGGUUUACAUAAAGAUGAUUGUUUUUAUUUUUCUUUGAGUUGCAAGAAGACAUAGCAGUUGCUCAUUCCCUGAAAUUAAGUUCAGGAACCUUUUAUUGGAGUUGGAGAUCGGAAGGUUCCCUGAACAACUGUACAGAAACACGUGGGAAAGUGUUUUCAGAGGAAUGAGUAGAUCAUCCUUCAAUAGCAAGUUUUCAAAAGGGGCUAUGACCCAGAAGAGUUUAGAACAUUUUUUGCCACCGGGAGGAAACUGAGGCCUACAUGUCAUUUGGGACCCUUCACAACCAAUAUGAAGCCCCCAUUUGAGUCCCUGGUAUAUGUGAGCUGCUUCUUAACGCAUAAUGGCUGUUUCGGAUAACAUCACUUCACUGCUUGGCUUUUAUUCUAAGCCCUUUCCUCUUACCAUAGGGUGCCUAAAGGGUGGCUGAUGCAUAUGGUACAAUGGCACCCAAUAUAAAGCAGCUACAUUUAGGAGUGAAUGUGUUCUCUAGAAACAAGAAGUGUAAUCUUUGGCUCAGCGGUUGUUUUCUGCUGCUCGUACUGGUGCCUGACUACUUUUCUUUCUUUAACUAUUUUUUACAACCGUGAUUGACAUCCAUUAUUUGCUCCUAUUUUGUAUCCCUGAUUUGUGUGGUUGAUAGUGAACAAGCUUAUUUUUAAAAGGUGCUGCCAAAACCAGUUAAUGUGCACAUGGAUUUUUAGCCAGCGGGCUCCUUGGGACAGACUGAACCAGGUGUUGGAUUCCUGAAGAUGUUUGGGAUUUUUUUGUUUUGUUUUGUUUUGUUUUGUUUAUUUGUUUUUGUUUUUCUAAUUGAAGGCUAAAGUUUUCUGAAAAGUUUUAUUGGACUCUGGCUGAAACAAAAUCAGUAUAUUUGGAAUCAUUUUGAAGCUUAACGUUUUCCUAGCCAGCCUUGUAUUCUAAUUGCUUGCAAAUGUGAGACUGAAUGGCCAAAAUGCCAUUUGUUUGUUUGUUUGUUUAUUGUCAGCUGCUUUUAUCAAAUUCCAGGCCAUUAUCCUGCAAACACUAUUAAAAUGUUUGAACAGUUGGCUUUCAAACAUUUUCAUUUUGUGGCGUGGUGCUUAUCCAGUGGUACAGCUCUCUAAGCAAGUGAACACAAACAUAUUUAAGUGUAUUUUGUAUGAUUAGAUGUUACCAAUUCUGAUAUUUUAUUCAAAUGUCUAAAAAAUAAGUUGACUAUAUUCCCUUUACCAAAGGGCCAGAGACAAAUGGUUUUCUUUCAAGAGAAAUGACUGUUUUGAAGAAAAACUGUGUUGGUCUUAGCUCUUUUGUAAUUAAAUCUGGAUGUACCUCAAAAGACUCUUUAAGACUGUGGUGUUAAAAGGCUUUCCUCUGGAGAAAGAGAAAAAAAAAUCAACUGGAACUUACAAGCUUGAAAUUCCAUGACAAAAUAUGGAUGUCUCGGAUUGGAGGUUCAUGAAGUAUUUGCAGUAGCUGGAGUGGAUACACUUUUCAGUGUAGUUGCCGCCAUGGACUCCAGGCUCCCAGAUUUUCAAGAACUGAACCUGUGACCCAGAAGAGCUUGUCAAGAUACGACAGGAACUCUGGAGGUGGGCGUUUUGUAUUCAAUUUUGGAACUGUUGAUCUUGCCGUGAAUAAAGAGGCAA